AGGCGUAACCAUUAAACCAUAAAUACGGGGACGUGGUUUCGGGUCCAGGGUAACAUUAAUCACUUUAAGGCGAAUGACGGUGCCGGUGAAACGUCAGGUUUUAGCUGAAAACGAAGCUGGCGGGCUCAUGUUGAGGCGUCGUAAGGUCGUUUCCAGGGAGCUACCUUCGUGCCGUGGUGCAGCUAAAUAGCGUGCAGCCGAACAAAGCCGCUGUGUGCCGUAAACAUAGUCCGAGCGCUGCCUGACGAGCUGUCAGUGUCAGGAUGGCUGUUGAUAAAUCCAAAGUCUCAGCCGGAUUCAUAGUGGUAGGUGUCCUCACCGUGUUUUUCGCUACCGGUCUCGUAUUUGUGGGGCCAAUAAUCAUCGAUGACCAAGUAGUAAAGAACACCGUGAUUGAUCCAAAGAAUGACCUCUCCUACACCAUGUGGAAGGACCUGCCUGUGCCCUUCUUCAUGUCAGUCUACUUUUUUCACGUCCUCAAUCCCCAGGAGAUCCUGAAAGGAGAAAAGCCCAUGGUGGAGCAGAGAGGACCUUAUGUGUACAGAAAGCAGUGUCGGAAGGAGAACAUCACGUUCCACCCCAACAGCACGGUGUCCUACAGGGAAUACAGGAGAUACUUCUUUGAGCCCUCCAUGUCUGCUGGGAACGAGUCCGAUGUGGUCACCAUCCCCAACAUGCUGGUGCUGGGCGCAGCAGUGAUGCUGGAGGACCUGCCCUAUGCCGUGCGGCUGUUGAUCAGUACCACCUUCAAGACUUUCAAUGAAGGCCCCUUCCUGACCAAGACAGUUGGAGAGCUGAUGUGGGGCUUUGACAGUAAACUGGUCGAUUUCCUCAACAAAUUCCUGCCCGGCAUGCUGCCAUCGACAGGAAAGUUUGGCCUCUUUGCCGAGUUCAACAACUCCAACACCGGUCUGUUCACCAUCCACACUGGAAGAGAUGACAUCAGAAAGGCCCACAAGGUCGACUCCUGGAAUGGCCUGACGGAGCUGAGCUACUGGAGGACGCCUCAGAGUAACAUGAUCAAUGGAACAGCCGGGCAGCUGUGGCCCCCUUUCAUGACCAAAGAGAGCACUUUACCCUUCUACAGCCCAGACGCCUGCAGAUCUUUGGAGCUGGUUUAUCAGCGGGCGGGGGAGAUGAAGGGCAUCCCUCUGUAUCGAUAUGUUGCACCCAAGACCAUGUUUGCCAACGGGACGGAUUACGCUCCAAAUGAAGGCUUCUGCCCCUGCAGGCAGUCUGGCUUGCUCAACGUCAGCAGCUGCCGCCACAACUCUCCCGUCUUCAUCUCUCAUCCUCACUUCUUUAAUGCUGAUCCCGUACUGCUGGACUACGUGUUGGGCCUUAACCCCACUGAGGAAGAGCAUGGCCUGUUCAUUGACAUUCACCCCCUCACGGGUGUCCCUCUAAAUGUGUCCAUCCGCCUGCAGCUUAACCUCUACAUGAAGAGAGUACCAGGAAUUACAGAAACUGGCAAGAUUUCUGAGGUGGUGAUGCCCAUGCUGUGGUUUGAGGAGAACGGGUACAUCGAUGGGCCGAUCCUCACUACAUUUCACACAAACCUGGUUAUUCUGCCAGCUGUCAUGGAGUACAUGCAGUAUAUCUUCAUCGCCCUCGGCCUGGUAACCACUGUGGUGGCCAUCCUGGUAUACCACAAAGUCAAGAGGUCUAGUAAUAGAGCAGCGAUUUCCACACACUUUGAGAACCCUUGGGCGACCGGUAAUGAGCAGGGUAAAGGCUCACAUGGCUUUGAAACACAAGAGAAAAGUCUGAGUUAUUCAGAGAAAGACAUGUGAAGGAGGCACCCUUCCCAGGGAAAACACAAGCACUUCAGCUGGUGAACGAACCCCUCUGCUAGUCAAGAAACACUGACGUAAUCCCCUAAAAAAGGACCCAGCUGGUAUUUUGUUCUCAGACACUGGCUCAGCUGGUCAGAAUAUGGAACACGACUCAAAGAGCCAUACUAUAUUGGAAAGUUUACAAAACACUCAGCCAAAGAUGAGUGCUCACCUUUAAAGGUGUUUUUUUUUUUGUUUUGUUUUUGGAAGAAUGAAUUGUGAACCUGUGUAACAGUUUUAAAUGUUCUAUUUUUAUCCACCGUGGUCAUCUCAGCUAAACUGGAAUAUUUUAUAGCUUUACCGCUUCAUCGUCAACAGUAGUGGAUAGAGACUGUUGUGGAGGAUUUUAGUCAGGUUGUAAGAGAAAUGCUUUUGGCUUUGACUACAAGGGAACACACUUUAUUUUUAGCCAGAUGUUUAGUAUUUUAACCACUAAUGUGCCUUUUAUCAUGGGAAUUAUUUUAGUCCGGUUAAUUUCCAGGAUGUCGUUUUUUUUUUUUUUUUUGUAUGCACUGAGGAUUGUGAAGAGAAACGGAGCUAGUUUUUAAACCCUUGCCACAGUUUUGCACAUACAGAUGUGACAACCAGAGAGUGGAGAAGAAAAGACACACUCCUUGUUAUAGACUUCUGUCUUCUAUAAAAGUUUCAAGUGUAUCCUCAGGAUGAUGUCCAGCAGACUUUUAUUGUUGAACAUGUAUGAAUGAACCAGAACAUAUACGGAAAGAAACACACUGCUUGACAUCAGUUUGGACUGAAGGGCUCCGAGAUCUUCAGGCUUUCUUCUCUCAUCUUCAAUGGACGUUGACUUCUACUGUCUUUUUGUUCAUUUGUGGAAGGAUUAAAUGUUAAUGAAAUUAUCUAAAAAAGAA